AACCAUAGGUGUCACAAAAAAUGUCCAUACCAUAGUGCCUUAGAGGUGCCUAGAAAUAGAAACUUCUGAACUCGCACCUUCUAAUUACCUUCCGUUUCCACCAUCAACACCUCCCUUUCUGUUGGUUAAUUUCUUCCUUCCAAACCCAAAUAAAUAAUCACUUUCCCGGAAAUUUCACCUUGACUUUGCAACACCCCUGUUCCUUACCCCCAUCAUAUAAAUACUUAUACAGUUGAGCUUUAUUUAUUCAAACAAAUCAAACCAUCACUUUUUGUGUUGAUGAUCUAUCACCAUCUCCACAAAUUACACUAUUUUUGAUUGAUUCUCUUGUUUUGAAAAAGUGAGAUCAUAGAUUCAUAGUAUCAUACCAACAACAUGCUUGGGGUUAGCAACAACCAUGUCAUGAAGGGGAAAAGGCAGGGGAAAAAGAACAAAAAGGAGAUCAAAGUUACUUAUAUUUCAAGCCCCAUGAAGGUGAAGACAAGUGCUUCCAACUUCAGAGCCCUUGUGCAGGAACUCACUGGCCAAGACUCCAAUGUUGCUGAAACGUUUGUGGAAGCUAAUGGUGCUUAUGGUGUUCAGAAGGGUUCAAAUCAAGGAUGGAACAGUGAGGCAUAUUUUCCUGAGUCUACUACUGAUUGGUUUAAACCUGAUUACAGCGAAUUGAAUUCAGGAUCCUCCAUGGAGUCAUGGAAUGAACAGCUUCACUGUGAUUUUUUCAGUUUUGACAUGAUGUAGAUAUAUUUACAUAUGUAUGAGGUGGUUGAUUAUACUGUGCAUGUUUGGCGCACUAUGAAAAGCUACAGUGAAGUCAAAAUCGUAAUGGACAGUUAUAAAUGUUAAGAGAAUGACUUCAUCAAAGUUUUUCACCGUGGGUUCAAACGCGUACAAAAUUGGCUAAAAUGGAUUUUACUUAAAUUUGUAUUAGCCUAUUAAUGUGGUGAGAUUAUUAUAAGAUCAAGAUAGUUGGUCUUUUUAUUCUCCUGCUCCCUCUCGAUUCAACUCCCAUGUAUAUCUUUUUCUUUGAAACUCAAUUCCUAUGUAUAUGAAAUUUUGUGAUUGUUUUAUUCUA